GUGGUAUCUCUUAUUUUUAGUAUUGCAGCUCUUUCUUUUCUUUUCAUAAUGGAGCUUGAUGGUGGAAAUCACAUCUAAUUCUCUAUCUGAGGUGACUUCUCUUAGUACAUGUAUCAAUCUUUGCAGUUUUCCAGUGUAAUUGGACUGAAACCUCAUGGCACAACGGGAAGAAGGGUGGCCUCUAGGCCUUCAACCAUUGAAUGCACGAAUUGGGUUGGCUAGAGAUCCUGAUUUCUCUGGUUCUGUUUCAUUCAGUACUUUGCUUACUGCUUCUCCCAGUUCCUCUAGCAUUUCGUCUUCAGAUCUCGAUACACAGUCCACUGGCUCUUUCUUCCAUGACAAGAGCAUCACGCUCGGAAGCCUCAUAGGAAUUUCUAGCUUUCUAGAGCAUUCAAGGAGAUCAACCAGGAGAAGAACCACAGAAACCUCGAGAAACCAGCGGAAUACGUCUAGACCUUGGCUGUUCUCAUUAUGUUCAAAACUAAGCACUGAUGCUGUGGACAGUAAAAACGCUCAGUCCCUUGGUCACUUCCUUGAAGUAGAAAGGAGAGCCGCCAACAUUUACAGAAGGAAUCAAACCCCUGCUGCCUGUGGACCUAGUGAUUUCUCACCAGUAUCGAAUUCACUCUUUGUCGGUGACCACAUUGCUUCUCGUUCUAAUGCUGCAUUGAAUGCAGAAGAUGGCAUGAAAUCUGGCAGAGAACUAUUGGAAAAUGGCACUGGGUACGGAGUUCCUUUAUUGCUUUCAUGUUUGUGUGGACAAAUCAUUCAAUGUGGACUUCAAUGAAGCA